AUGGUGGUCCAACAGUAUCUCUUGAUGCUUCAGUUCGAUCAUCAUGGCUUUGGAAACACUUUCAAAUCCUUCGUCUACAUCAACCAGUCCGCAAUGCUCAAGAUCCAACUUAUUCAGAAUGGGUUGAUUCAAUUGGUGAGGACUUCUCAAAUAGUGGUACAACCGAUUUGCCUUUGAUUAGUAGACUUGAUUCAUAUGACGAAAUCACAGACUUUCUUUUUCCUAACUCUAUACUUUUCAAUCCAUUUGAUGUUUGUCAGAGGUCCUUUUUGAGUCCUUUAAAUAUUUAUGUUGAUGAAUUUAAUCUUCAAAUGCUUGAUAAAAUUCCAUUUAUGACAGGUAAGCUUUUCAAAUCCUUCCCUCCGAGAAUUAAAAUCUUUCUCUGACAAAUGAUAUAUAUUUGCUUAUAAUUAAAUAAUAUUAAGAUGCUAAUCGGAAAAUAUUAUAUAUAGAAUAUAAAUACUUCAGUUAUAAUAGUAUAAAGGACUCAGAUGGAGAAGCCAGACAGGGAGAAGGAGAUGGGAGAUCUCCGAAUAUGGCUCUGAGAGGUCAGAUUUCAACUCCAGGAUUUCUUCAUGAACUUCAGGAGCCUGGAGUACCACCACACGAACUUCGGUUGAAGGAGUCAGCAAUUUGUGUGCUAAUAUGA